AUGGUCAGCGAUUGGGGGAAUACGGAGAGUCUAUCGCUGGAUCAACACAAACAAGUCCAAGGCGCAUUCUUUGCGAUCCGCAGCAGGCACGAAGGCAGUGUCUUUAGGUGUCCCAAUAGAACAAGUAAAACUGCACGCGAACUGGAGUUUGACAAGCAACGCCUUCGAAGACUAUUACUACCGACCAAGGAAUUAGCACAAAUGUGGGUCCGAUAUAGUCAACACUGUGUUUGGAGAAGUUACCAAGAACAUAACCACAUCCGAGGCCGUAGUGGAGGCAACGACAAUUGUGGUAGGCACGACCCACAAUGGCUAUGUUGUCGAAACAAAGAUUAA